CCCUUUGACCUCACUCCGUCCUCCCGGAAAUGGCCGCGGGUCUGGGCCUGUUACAUUCCUCAGUGGUUACUUAUGGUUGCUAAGCAACCUCAAACGCCUCGGGGAGAGGAACAGGACCUGAAGCGAUACCUGACGAGAUCCGUCCACACUGUACCUGGAGAUAUUUCUGCUGAUCGCUUCUUACUGAACCUCACUGGAGAUGUGGGCCGUUAGUCAACUGCUGCUGUCUUCUUGUUAUUAAGGUGAUGUUAGCCAACGAGGUCCUGCUGUCGUACUUCUAAGUAAACGUUGAGUGUUUGCGAAGGAGACCGGAGCGGCUUUGUAUUUUAUAUUAGUUUUAUCUCUUACACCUGCCAGCUGCUCGGUAGUGAUUAUUGAGACAUGGGGUCAGAGUCGGUGAAGGUGGUGGUCAGGUGCAGGCCCCUGAAUGACAGGGAGAAGGCGCUCAGCUGUAAGAUGGUGCUGACCAUGGACCUGCAGCGCUGCCAGUGCUUCAUAGAAAAGCCAGGUGCAGUGGAUGAGCCACCUAAACAGUUCACCUUUGAUGGGACCUACUAUAUUGAUCAAACAACUGAGCAGAUGUACAACGAGAUUGCUUAUCCUUUGGUUGAGGGUGUGACUGAGGGAUACAAUGGGACAAUUUUUGCUUAUGGACAAACUGGAAGUGGAAAGUCUUUCACCAUGCAAGGGGUGUCUGAACCUGCAACCCAGAAGGGUGUCAUCCCGCGGGCCUUUGAACACAUCUUUGAGAGCAUUCAGUGUGCAGAAAAUACGAAAUUCCUGGUGAGGGCCUCCUACUUGGAGAUUUACAAUGAAGAAAUCCGAGAUCUUUUGGGAAGCGAUGCCAAGCAGAGAUUGGAGCUGAAAGAGCACCCAGAGCGUGGGGUAUAUGUACGGGACCUUUCCAUGCACACUGUGCACAGUGUGGGAGAGUGUGAAAGAAUCAUAGAGAAAGGCUGGAGGAACCGCGCAGUGGGCUACACGCUGAUGAACAAAGACUCCUCACGCUCCCACUCAAUCUUCACCAUCCACCUGGAGAUCUGCAGCACUGAUUCAUCUGACCAGGACCAUCUACGGGCAGGAAAACUCAACCUUGUGGACCUGGCAGGAAGUGAGCGUCAGUCUAAAACUGGUGCUACUGGCGAGCGACUCCGCGAAGCCACAAAGAUCAAUCUUUCCCUCUCGGCCCUGGGAAACGUCAUCUCCGCCCUGGUAGAUGGACGCUCCAGAUACAUCCCCUACAGAGACUCCAAGCUGACCAGGCUGCUGCAGGACUCUUUGGGAGGAAACACCCGCACCCUGAUGAUCGCCUGUCUUUCGCCCGCAGACAACAAUUAUGAGGAAAGCCUAAGUACACUGCGAUAUGCAAACCGGGCCAAGAGCAUCCAGAACAGGCCUCGCAUCAACGAGGACCCCAAGGAUGCUCUGCUCCGAGAGUAUCAGGAGGAAAUCAAGAAGCUGCGGGCGCUCCUCACAGGCCAGCUGAGCACUGCUGACCUUUCAAGUCUGCUGGCUGGUCAGUUUUCUGAGUCAUCCCCUGCUGUGCCCUCAAGGCCACAGUCCACCCCCACUGAAGAAAGGAAGGAAAAGAUUAAAGAGGAGUAUGAGGAGAGGCUGGCCAAGUUGCAGGCUGAAUACAAUGCAGAGCAGGAAUCCAAGGCGAAGCUGCAGGAGGACAUCGCUGCUUUGCGUUCCUCCUAUGAAUCAAAACUGUCCAGUCUGGAGAAGGCCCAAGUCAGCAGGGGGAGCUCUGUCCCCAAGAAUGUAGGCGCCAGCUGUACAUCCCAGGUUGCUUUGGAAGAACUCUGCCUGAGCACUGAUCCCAUAUGCCACAGUACAGUUGAGGAAACCUUCCAGACUAAGGUAGUGUCCAGCCCCACUUUCCAUAAAGAUCACUCCUCUUCAAAUCAUAUUCGUAUCUUGAAACAAGGUGACAAGGCAAUGUUAUGUAGGCAAAAUGUUGAAUUUUAUUCCCUCAUGUUGGCGAGCAAGCUUUCUGAAAAAGAUCCAGAUAGAGCUGGACUCUUGGAGUCUUCUGAUGCAACUGCACCGGGGCCUCUAGACCAGAAACACGUCCUGGAAAGACUGCAGCAGCUGGAACAGGAGGUGGUAGGAGGGGAGCAGGCCAGGAACAAAGAGCUGCAACAAAGACAGCGGCAGAGAAAAAAACUUGCUGACCAGAGAAAAGCUCAGCUUGUCCAUGCUCUGUCAGAGAACAGCGAGGAGAGCGAAAAUGUGCUGCUGAAUGUCUACAACUCUAUCCAGGAAGAAGUCCAUGCCAAAAACCAAAUGCUAGUCAAAGUUCAGGGCAAGCUGAAAGCAGCCAAACUGGAGAUCCGUGACCUGCAGGCAGAGUUUGAGGUGGAGAGGAAUGACUACCUGGCGACUAUACGCAGGCUGGAGAAGGAAGGGCAGCUCCUGCACAGCCUGCUGGAGCGUAUGGUGCCUCUGGUGCGCCGUGACUGCAACUACAGCAACCUGGACCGCUUGAAGAAGGAUGCUGUCUGGGACGAGGACAGCGCCACCUGGAGACUGCCAGAUGUGAUGGUGCAGAAAACAACACUGCCUUCAGCAGUGACUCCAAAAGCUUCAGCUCGCAGAGGCUCAGGUUCUGAUGCUGGAGAGGCAUUUAUGGUGGAGGAGGACAGGUACAAGCAAAUGCUGGACAGAAGUGACAGUGAGAAUAUUGCCAGCAGCUACUUCAAGUCAAAGAGGGCGAGCCAGCUCCUCGGAAGUGACACCACAAAAGCCCACGUUAACGUGGCAGGCCACCUCUCCGUGAGCGGCUCUAACAUGAAUCUGUCUGUGAGCUCAGACGCCAUCCUGCCUCGCCCCUUCCGUCUGGAGUCGCUAGAUGUCCCAGUGUCCAACGGUAAAGUGAAGCGCAAAAAAAGCAAAUCUCACAUCCAUAAUGAGGCGACUUAAAUGGACUGUGACCAACAUAUUUGCAGUUUUCUACAAUGACACUUUUGAUGACUCAUCAAAAAAUAAGUGUUGUAUAUGUAUAUCUGACUGUGAAUCAGUGUAUGCUUUUAUGACGGCUGCUAUCUAGAUUUACACAGGACCCAUUUAUUGCCGAUGUUACAAGUCCAUUUGCGUCACGAGUUUUUAAUUAUUAAUGUUAAUUUUUAACUCAUUGCUACCUACUGUAUGAUGCUUCCUCGAUUUUUCUUUUCUUUUUUGCACAAGACAUAAUUUAAUGUUUGUUUGAGUUAGGUUCGUUAAUAUUAAAAU